UGACACGGAAAUAUAAUCACUGUCAACAAGGAGUCAGACCAAUAUUAGUCUGGUCGCGACAUCGAAGAAACUCUCGCCAUUUUAAAUUGAAUUUCUGAUCGAUUAUUCCAGGAAGCCAUGAAGAUUUCACGUCUAACAUGGAAGACUUUUCUCACGGUUGAGCCAGUGCUGUUCCUCUGUGCUUGUGCUUUCUUCAUGAAUAUCCCUUUGCAGAAGCAGUUCAUUUACUCAAAGUUCAGCCAAAAGGUGGGAUUCCCAUACAGUUUACAGAAAGACGAAAUCCAUGGAGAAAUGAAUGCAGUGAAGAAUGACACCAUGAAGAAAUUAGAGAACGAGGUGCAAACGUUGUCCUCUAACUUUGACAGUCUGAACGUCCCAUCUCAAUUACUACCCUCUCUCAUCAUGGGUCUCUUUAUCGGGCCAUGGACAGACAUCGGUGGUCGAAAACCAGCUAUAUUAGCAUCAGUGACAGGAGCCAUCAUUGAAGCACUGUUUGUCAUUGGAGUCGUGUACUUUGAAUUGUCUUUGUAUCUGAUUCUUGUGGGGAAGCUGUUUAAUGGAUUGUCUGGUUUCUUUGGUUCAUUGACGCAGGCAUCCUUUUCAUAUAUUUCGGACACCACAGAGACUUCAUUAGUUUCUACUCGGUUAGCUAUUCUCCAGUUAGUAAUCUUCACUGGUGGUUUUCUUGGCCAGGCUUUUAGCGGGAUCAUCAUGAGUCGGUUUGGAUUUCUCUCUCCUUGUCUCAUCAUCCUAGUACUUUCCUUGGCAGCCUUCUCAUAUUCCUUGUACUCUGUGCCUGAAUCACUUCCACGAACAGACCACAGCCAUUCACUUUUUACAACCGGUAGCUUUACACGUUUAAUCCAAGUGUUCACAAACUCACGUCCAAGCAGCCAAAGAUGGAACCUCCUAGUAUUAGUCCUCCUGAAUACUAUAUAUUUCAUCGUAGCAAUGGGCACCCGUAGUGUAAAUAUAUUAUAUCUUAUGCGAAGCCCAAUAAGUCUUUCUCCUACACUCCUUGGAGCAUACACUGCCCUUAGGUUCCUGAUGGAGGGUCUUGGAGGGAUUAUUGGCGUUGUAGUGUUGAAGAAGUAUCUGAAGGAGGAAAACGUCAUUCGCGUGGGAUUUCUUUCGCUCGGUUUGUCAAUGACGUGGCUUGGAUUCGUUGCUAACAAAGAGCAAGCGUUCACAGUUCCUGUUGUCGGGUCUAUUUGUGGGAUCUUGAUGCCGACAAUAAAGGGUAUGGCUGCAAAUAUUGUAACAAUCCAAGAAAAAGGUUCAAUGUUCACAGCCAUCACAGGAAUAGAAGGGCUUUCAAUGAUAAUAGGCUCCUUGUUGUGUAAUACCAUGUAUGUUUACUUCAGUUCAACUGGAAAACCAGGAUUAGUGUUUGUGUUCUUCGGGACGUUAUCGCUCUUGUCCAUCUUCAUCGUCAGCAUUUUACAAAAACCAAAGGAAGAAUGAAGACACAAACUCACCACUUCCAAUAAUUCAAUAUUCUUAAACACAUGACGUUUUCUUUAGCAAUAACGUAUUUUUACAACCGAAGAGAAUCCAAAAUUGUCACUAUUACCUACCCAGCGAAUAAGUGAUUUUCACAUUGAUUUUCAAUUGAUAUCGUAUAGUCAGAAGUUUUUAUAUCAUAUAGUUCGCAAACUAGCGAAUCCGCGAGCGAAAAAAAAAUUAACUGUGCAGUAUUUAAUAUUCAUGGCUCUGAAACUAAAAUAUAUUCCCACGCAAGUUAUCGAGUGCUUAUUGGCAAUUCUCUAUGUACUAAUUCUCUUACAUCAAAGUGCGAGAGAGAAUAGACCUAAUUCUUUUUGGUGCAUACUCUUUACGGACUACGUGUCAUUCAUUCCCUAGAGUACCAUUUCUUUGUUUAACGGUUGCACAUGAGAAGACACAUGAAUAUAGAUACAAUUCAAACAAAGAAUCUUAUUCUCAAGGGAACGACUGUCAUUGUCAGACAUGGUUUGAAAUGGGUAAUCAUUGCACGAAGAUGUAUAAGGUCCAUUUCGUCGUCUCCCAUAAUCAGAGUACCUUUAAUUCGCUUUCUAAACGUGCUUUUUCAGCCAAUCUGUGACCGAUUCACAAUAUAAAGUGGAACGAUACAGCGAGAACAAACGGUUGUUAGGUUAUCAUGCGCUCUCAAAACCACAAAAAUAAGAGCACAAUACUUAAAGCCUUAGAGGAAGCUUGGCAAGGAACAGUUCAGUUUAUCAAGCUUAGAAUGCCCUCUUGAAUCGUACUUAUCUUGUGCUAUCUUAAACAAAUGUUCGCUAAAGUACAAAACACAUAUAAAAACAAUUAAACUAUUGACUACGA